UCUCCUGUGAUUUGACACAAUUUUUCUUUUUCUUUUUUUUUUUUACAGUGGGUUAUGUGGAACAGAUUGCAUUAAUUAUCAUCAAAGUAUUUACGUCAUGCGAGCCCCGUAAAGCAAAGCUGUGCCCAGACCAAAUUGCAGCUGAAAAGGAAAGCAGCAGGAAUUUCAACAGUUUCUUUUUUUUUUUUUUCACUAAAGCCAUCAGUAAUGUGCAUUCUUUUAAGAAAAAAUAAAUGUGCUUCUGUGUUUCAGUCUCGAAAUGCAAAGGUAUGAUGUUAUUUGUUAUCCUGCCCAAAAAAGUCCGUAUUCAAAAACUUUGCCAGAAGAGGGAGAGAGAGAGAAGGGAACUAUUCUCCCAGCUGUUUCCUGUCUACAGUGUCUGUGUAAAUGUAGAUAAAUGUGAGGCUUUUCUGUAAAUCCCUCUUCUGUUUGCAAAAUCUGACUGUCACUGCUAAAAUCAGAGCAGAUAGUCUACGCAAUGGAACAAAGUCCUCUAUAUUGAAAUGUGACAUUGCUCUGAACAUCUCCACUGGAUUCCUCUUAUUAUCACAGCUGACAAUUCCAUUCCCAGUCUCUGCUCCUAAGAAGCCAUGGAAAAAAACAACAGUCUUUCAACACAAUUAUUUAAGUGCUACUUUUGUGAUUUCUUAAAGCUGAAGAUGCACAAAAUGUCCUACAUUCAUCUGCUCUACCUGGCUUUGUGUUUCCUGACUUUAACCCAUUCAGCAGCUGCUGGACCAGAGACCCUCUGUGGAGCCGAACUGGUAGACACUCUUCAGUUUGUAUGUGGAGACAGAGGCUUCUAUUUUAGCAAGCCAACAGGGUACGGAUCCAGCAAUCGAAGAUCGCAUCACAGAGGAAUAGUAGAUGAGUGCUGUUUCCAAAGUUGUGAUUUCAGAAGGCUGGAGAUGUACUGCGCUCCUGCCAAGCCAGCCAAAUCAGCACGUUCUGUACGUGCUCAACGUCACACUGACAUGCCAAAAGCCCAGAAGGAAGUACACCUAAAGAAUGCAAGUCGAGGAAACACAGGGAGUCGAGGAUUCCGAAUGUAAAUGCUGCCACUAAAAGUCUCAGAGUAUGAAUGUACCAUCUGCAGGAUACUUUUACUGUAUGGAAAAGAAACAAAAAAAACAGUGGAAGAUAUCAAACAUUGUCUGACUAUGAACAAGCUUGACAACAUCUCAACCAAUGGGCAUUCUCCCUCUAAACGAAUCAAAUACACAUUCCAAUGUUAAAAAACAUUCUUGCCAGCUAUUAUGACUGCUCUAAUAUUGUGUAAUCUUUCACUUGUUUUGCAUAUCCUGCUCAAACAUUUCUUUUCAUAACCUGUGUCCAAAAGAGGUCCAAAAAUAAUGAGCCUUUGUGUGGCUCUAAUUGCACUAAAGCCUAUGAACGUUCCGUGUAUACUGGAACGGUUACCCAGCCUUGUCUAAGAAAUCUUAUAUUUGCACUUCUACCAUGCAACAGGCUGUUUGUUUUUCAGUGUGUGAUAACACUGUUUGCCUGCCCUUUUGUAUUUGCACAAAUUUGCUACUCAGCAGCAGUUAAGCUUUUUUUAUGAUUUUGCAGCCUUUUUGGAAUCAGAAGCAGACAUCCCAAGUAUGGUCAGAUUUAAAGGAACAGUAACAUCAAAAAAUUAAAGCGUUUUAAAGUAAUUAAAAUAUUAUGUGCUGUUG